AUGAUGCAUUUUUAUUGCGUCCUCGGCCUCCUGGGCAUCGCGGCCGCAAGUCCAUUCAGCCAUGCUGAGACCUCAGUGACUGCAGACGCUGCUCGGCGUCUUAUCAAGACGUCCGAAUUCGACCCUGGUACUUGGGUCCGUGAAGAUGAGAAAAUCGAAAAUUACGUGGCCAAGGGGAUCAAUUUUGUGGAUAUUACUGACAUGGACGAAGCUGAAGUGGCGGCGACGCUUUCAACAUCUUCUGCAGUGGAAGCCGCGGCAGUCUCAUAUCCCUCGACACUGAGCCACCAGACAGAGGCCAAUACUCUAAUAUCCGAAAUAUCUGCCAGUGGCCAGAAGACUUUCCUCAAGACGUUGACCGAUUUCUACAAUCGCUACUAUAGAUCGACUUACGGCACCGAGGCCUCGACUUGGCUCUACAAUCAAGUCGUAUCAGCUGCCGCCGCCAAUCCAAGCAUCAGCGUUUCCAAGUUCUCUCACUCCUUCAAUCAGCCCUCAGUGAUCGCCAAGAUCCCCGGUUCUUCAUCCGAUGCUCUGGUCAUUGUAGGAGCGCACUUUGACUCCACAGGCGGCAGCAGUACCGCGCGUGGUCCAGGAGCAGAUGACAAUGGAUCCGGAGUAGUCGUCAUCUUCGAGGCGCUGCGGAUCCUCGCAGAGGCGGGUUUUCAGCCUCAGGAUACGCUGGAGUUCCACUUCUAUGCUGGCGAGGAGGGCGGACUCCUUGGAAGUAAGGACAUAUUUAGUUCUUACAAGACGGCUAAUAAGCAGGUCCUGGCGAUGAUGAAUCAGGACAUGGCAGGGUAUAGCCCGAGUGGCGUCAUCAGUAUAUAUACGGACUAUGUGGACUCCAGCUUGACUUCAUACGUGAGGAAGGUGGCCGAGGGGUACACGGGGCUGAAGACCUCAACUGAUGCUUGUGGUUAUGGUUGUUCAGAUCACCAGUCGGCUUACGCCAACGGUUUCCCUGCGGCCUAUGCAUGCGAUGAAGUAAUAUCAACUUCUAGCCCCUACAUCCACUCGUCUUCAGAUUCAUACGAUACAAUAAUGUGGGAUGCAAUCGAGCGCCAUACCAAGUUUACAGUCGGGUUCCUCAUAGAGGCGUCCUACCUGUAG